AUGGCGUCAAUUGCCGAUAUAGUUGACUUUCUUCGCACAGAAUUUUCUUCAUUGGAAGAAAUCACCGAUGAGUAUGCGUCGUCGAGUGUCGAAGGGAAUUACACAGACUUCCCUGCUAUCUCGUCCCUCUUAACUCCAUCGUUCUAUGAAGAUGGUAGUGCUACGUCACGCCUUAGACAACUGCUCACGAAGUUGGCAAAAUUCGAAGAAGAAUGCGAUGAUCCAGAAUUAUGGGUUGAACUAACGAAUGCCGAUAUAUCCGGCCGACAACUUUGUGUACUACUUUGGUAUUCUUUGGAAUGGGCUCUCGCUAAAAAUAGUACAUUCGAACUGGUAGAGCGAGGAGCUCUCGCUGCUUGUGCUUAUCUUCACCUUGCCAGUAUAAAGGGCUCAAAAGCUUAUCGUAUCUUCAAUCCCUAUCUUUAUCAGAAAUGUCUGCAAGUGUUCCGUUCCUUAUACCGAUGCCUAUCGUUUGACUGUCGUGAAGCUGGUUCACAAGCCAAAGGAAAGGGAAAGUCAAAAAAGAAACAGCAAGAAGAGAUGGACGUUGCAGAAGCUGAAGGGGAAGAAGAAGUUGAUAUUGCCACGACAUUCGAUAAAGAAGAGGUGAAGCAUCUUUUUGAGGAUGCCAGCGAGUCGCUGUUCGUGCUGCUAGGCAAAGUUCCGCUAGCGAGUUAUUUUGAAAUCCCCUUGAUGACGACAAUGCUAGUACGGGAUAUGGCAAGAAUAGACUGCGGUACAGAUACUAAAGUCGAUAUUGUGGAAAAUUCCAAAGAAUUCAAGAAGUUACGCAAGUUGAGCUCUCGCUCUUUCGCUCUGAUGCACCGACUUAUCGAAAGUCGCCAUACCUACGGUGGCUACCUGGUCAUUUCCCGUAUAUGUUAUCCGCGCUUGGCAUACUGGACCUUUGAGUAUGAUGUGAUUCCAUCAUCACAAGUUAUACCAACGAUGUUCACCACCUGGAGAGAUCUCAUGGUGAAAUUCAUCAAAAUCCGCAUUGAGCUCGGCAAUGCUCUAGAGCUACGCCAUAUUUUCGCGGUGUUGGAAAAUUUGUAUCAGCGUUGCACAGACAGAUUAGAAUAUCGUACUCGACUUGCACAGUCCGUGUUCAAUGUACUACAGCUACUACCACGAGAAUAUCAUUAUGAGUUUGUGCAACGGAUUGAUGUGUUCUCAAAGAAUCAACGUGUUGCUGCUAGGAACUAUGGGAUAGAAAUCGUGCCACUGAUUCUCAAAGGACUAGAUCUAUCUGGACCUGAUCCGGGGCCUAUCGUGUACCCUUCUGACAACGAUGUCACGCAACAAGAGGCAGGUAAUGAUGCGGCAUCUUCUUCUGGAACGGAUGCGAUGGAUGUCGAUAAAGGCAGCGCAAGCGAUGACAACGAAGAAGACGAGUCUGACAGCAAUAGUGGGAGCGAAUCUGAGACAGCCCCGAUCGAACCAAAGGAAAGGCCAAGGCUGAUAAGGACCCUCCGUCAGUUGAGGAGUAUGGAUGAGAAACCUGAGCGAGUACCAGUUCUGGACGCAUUGUACAGAUGUGUUAUUCGAAGUUGUCUUGACAAGGCGUACAGUGUUCGUAUGCGUGCUUUGUUUCAUUUAGCAUCGUUACUAGAAGAUGACCGGCAUCGGGAGCUGCUCUUCCAUCAUGCAAGGAAAAUGUUUGAAGAAUGCCCAAAGGUCUUCAUUGGUAUAGUUACCGAGAAAGAUGAAGAAGAUGAAAACAACGAACCGGAAGAAAUCAAUGAGAAUAUGUUCCUGGACGAUUCGGAGAUAGUCAUCGACAACAUCAUCCUGCACAUUAUUGUGACCGGAGCUGGAGAUGAUUCGGCCGGUGUUCGUAAAUAUGCUGUUAUUGCGUUACAAGCCUAUUUCCCUUUCAUCACAGACGAGGUUGAUGCACGAAGUGCAGUUGAUUGUCUGAAGGAGUGUUGUUUGGAUUCGUCGCUUAUGGUUCGAAAGCAGGCUGCCGAAGCCCUUGAUUAUCUCCUUAGCUCCAUUUCUCAAUUUAGGUGGGUGUUUCUCAUUAGUGCUGCUAUUCAAUCUGCCUCAUUAUCUCUUAUUUUUGGUUUUUAUCACAUCAUUUAA